CAAAUUAGCAAAAUAGGUAUACUGCUUGGUCUGCACCCGGGUUGGAAAAAGCUGCGAUCUGAAAAAACAAAAAAAAAACAGACACCCAUUCCGAACUGCUGUAUGCUCCUUACCGAAAUUGUGAACUGGUUUACUCGCUGAAAUUCGCGAGAGAGAGAGAGAGAGAGAGGUGAGAGGAUGAUCGGAGUGGGGAAGAUCAAGCAAUACACCAACAUCCUCGACAAACCCCUCAGCAAGGGCAAACAAGAGGUGAGUUUGAGUGCAUUUGCAUUCUUGUUUUCAGAGCUUGUUCAGUACAAUCAAACCCAAGUUGACAAUAUCACAGAAUUAGAAAGAAGGUUGGAGGAUGCAGGCUAUGCUGUUGGUGCUAGGGUGUUGGAACUUCUUUGCCAUCGGGAAAAGGUAUGUAACUCUUUGUUAGAUACUAUAACUUAUUUUCAGAACUUCAGCCUAGUGAUUGGUACAUAUUCUUGAACUACAAUUACUUGG